AUGUCAGGAGCGCCGGGCGCGGGCAAAAGCACCACAGCAAAUCUCCUAGCCCAGCCUCUUGGUGCCGUCAUCCUCGAUCUUGACGUUAUCAAGUCCUCUCUCCUCGAUAAUGGUGUACUAUUUGAGCAGGCCGCAAAGCUAGCUUACUCGACGCUUUGGGCGCUCGCCGGCAGCAUGCUCAAACAGGGCCGCGACCUCAUUGUAGACUGCACCUGCAACUACGAAGAAGUCCUCACUAGUGGGAGAACCCUGGCGAAAAAAGCAGAUUUUGAGUAUUGGUACAUCGAGUGCAGACCUCAAAUGACAAGAAGCUGGCUCUAG